AUGCCUUGCACAGCAAAGUCAUCAAAUCAUUCACAAGAGAGAUGUUCUUGUACUGGUUGGCAACAGGAUACUUUAAAUAUGGAAUUUUGUAUUUGUCAUCAUAAAAUUAAUUCACAUGCUGAUAUUUCAAAAGUACCGGGAGAUGAGAUAAAAAAACUUUUUGAUUAUACAAUUAAAAUUGAUGAACAUUUAACAAAACAUGGGAAAACGUUAGAUUCAGAAUAUGAAGAUUUUUACAUAAUAAAAGGAGGUUAUAAAUUCCGUUUACUUAAAAAUGAUGGGACGCGUGAUAAUUUAACUUUACUUACUGGAAUAAAAGUAUUAUUUACAACUGCUUUACCACAUAUGCCAGCGAAUUAUAUUACGAGGGUAGUUUAUGAUUAUAAUCAUUAUAGUUUAGCGAUUGUUAAAGAACCAUCAAAGAUUGUAGGUGGAAUUUGUUAUCGACCUUUUUUCGAAAAACGUUUUAUCGAGAUUGUAUUCUUUGCAAUUGAUAGUGAUCAACAAGUGAAAGGUUUUGGAUCAAAACUAAUGAAUUAUUUUAAGGAUUAUAUAAAAGAUAAUUAUAAUAUUUUUGAUUUCAUGGUUUAUGCUGAUGAUUUGGCUAUUGGAUUUUUUAAAAAACAUGGAUUUACAAAGGAUAUCACGUUAAAUCAAGAAAGAUGGGGUGGAUACAUAAAAGAUUAUACAGGAGCUACACUAAUGCAGUGUACUUUAAUACCAAAAGUAAAGUAUAAUCAAAUUCGGCAAAUCUUGGAAAAACAAAAACGAGCGGUGAGAGAAAAAUUAGCGAAAACAAACAAACCUCCUAAGAUUUAUAAGGGUCUCACAUGUUUCCAGAAUGGAGUUAAAUAUAUAGAUCCAAUGUUGGUUCCAGGAAUCAAAGAAUCAGGUUGGACACCUCAAUUGGAUCAACGAGCAAAAAACACUAAACAUAAAGCACAUUAUGUUAUAAUGUUAGAUGUUCUUAAACAAUUAAAAAACAAACAUAUUUCCAUGCCGUUUCGAGAACCCGUCAAUUCUAAUGAGGUUUCGGAUUAUUACGAUAUUAUAAAGGAUCCAAUGGAUCUCUCUACGGUAUUAAAACGAGUAGAAAAUGAUAGAUAUCAAUCUCUUUCAGAAUUUGCAGUUGAUGUUCAAAAAAUUUGGGAUAAUGCAAGGACUUAUAAUAAGUCAGAUACAAUUUUUUAUAAAUCGGCAGGUGAAUUAGAGGCGAUUUUUAGAGAAAUUAUGUUUCUCAAUGGAGUAAGAUAUUAA